AUGGUGAUAGCGGGCGACCCCAAGGAGUGGGUGAGCGCUCACCGCUAUCACCAUCGCUUCUGCGACACGCCUGCCGACCCGCACACGCCGUACGAGGGCUUCUGGCACAGCCACAUGGGGUGGCUUCUCGACGACGUCGCCACGCAAGAACGGGUGGGUGUGCGCAACAACAUCGCGGACAUGGAGAACGAUCCCUUCUACAACUUCAUCGAGGCCACCUACGUGUGGCACAUCGUGGCGUCCGUGCUGCUGCUCUACGCCCUCGGAGGCUUCCCCUGGGUCGUCUGGGGCUUCGGCGUGCGCGCCGUGUGGGUGUACCACAUCACAUGGUUCGUCAACUCCGCGUCGCACGUGUGGGUGGGGCUGCUGGCGUUUGGCGAGGGGUGGCACAACAACCACCACGCGUUCCAGUACUCGUGCCGGCAUGGGCUGGAGAAUCACCAGGUGGACAUGACGUGGUACACCAUCAAGCUGCUCGAGGCUGCAGGGCUCGCCACCCAGCUCAAGUACCCCCAUGAGAAGCACAUGAAGCGCCUCUCCUUCCCGGACCAACCAGCCCCCCAGCAGUAG